AUGUCCAACAAGCCUGCGUUUAAGUUUGAAGAGGACGUGGAUCUGAGGAGAGGCCCUUGGACUCUGGAGGAGGACUCCCUCCUAGUCCACUACAUUACCUGCCACGGGGAAGGCCGUUGGAAUCACCUUGCCAGGUCCUCAGGUUGUCAUACUCGCAACCCUUAAUGUUCUAUUCUUCCAUGACAUCAUUCUUCACAAUCUUCGUCCAUGGACUAUGUUCAGGCUUGAAGAGAACGGGUAAGAGCUGCAGGCUCAGAUGGCUGAACUAUCUCAAGCCCGACGUGAAGAGGGGAAAUCUGACUCCAGAAGAACAGAUCCUGAUCCUCGAGCUUCACUCUAAAUGGGGGAACAGGUACAAACUUUUGUCUUACUUGAUGUGGAUCCGUAAUAAUUCAUUGUGCCCUAUUCUACUAAUAUCUAACUAAUAUUAAGUCACAUUCCACGAGUCCUACCGUAACUUAACCAAGUUUGAUUACUUCCUUUAUUAAUUACCAUUUUUCUGGAGUCUUCCUAGCUGGAACAGAGAUCUGAACCCUAUCGCGUUGGAAUUCUUCCGGUUUUGUUCAUCAUUUCCCGGAGUUUUCCUCCUUUCCUUGAUUCUCAGAUAAAAGAGUGCAACUGGCUAAAAAUUUCGUUGGUCGACAUUCUUCUCGCGGGUUUUUAAUCUAAAUAAUUCAUUCGAGCCUAUGCGGAACAUCAUCAAAUGGAUUUUUCGCCUUUCCUUCAUUUUUCUAAGAGGGAGAGAGAGAGUAGUUCGAAUGGAUGCCUAUCACGUAUGUGUCCUAAUCUGAGGUCUGUGGACAGGUGGUCGAGAAUAGCUCAGCAGCUGCCAGGAAGAACAGACAACGAGAUCAAGAACUAUUGGAGGACGAGGGUCCAGAAGCAAGCGAGGCAACUUAACGUCGACGCCAACAGCCCCGUCUUCAGGAACGCCCUCCGCUGCUUCUGGUCACCGCGUCUCGCAGGGAAGAGCGAGCCUUCCCCUCCCUCCAUCAACGAUUUGGCGAAGAACCUUAAUCCUUACCACCAUCAGGAAGCUCCUUCGUCGGCCCCUCAGGCAAUGUUUUGUGACGUCAAUCCCUGGUGCGACCUCUACUUCUCGCCAGAAACCAUGGCGGCUGACGGGACGCAGGGGUUUCUGCCAACUCCGAGUAACACCUCCGGACUCGGUAGCGCCGCCGCGGUAAACCCAGCCCCAGAACUGGGAAGUGCCGCCCCAUACGGCGGCGCGGACAACGCGGUUGGAGACGGCUAUUGGAGCAUAGACGAGUUAUGGGAGGUUCGGAAGUUACAGAAGUGGGGAAUCUAG